GCGGCGAGUCCACACCGACCGGAAAGCCCAGGGAGGUGGCCACGGGGGGGCGGGAGGGUCUGAGCCAUGGCAGCGAAGGCGGCGGGUGGGGGGCGCUGGGAGGUGGUGAAGAAGGGGCGACGGCCCGGGGCCGGCGGCAGUGGGCGAGGCGGCGGAGUGGACCGCCGGGCGCUCGGGGAGGCGAACGGAGUGUGGAAGUACAACCUGACCCCUCCCAUCCAGACGACAAGCACCCUUUACGAGAGGGGCUUUGAGAAGAUCUCGAAGAAGCAGAAUAAGGAGCAGGUUCCACCCCCUGCUGUGGAGCCCAAGAAACCCGGGAACAAAAAGCAGACUAAGAAGGCGCCGACCCUCACCAACCAAAACCAGAAGCAGGGCCGCUUCCGCAGCCUGGAGGAGGCCCUGAAAGCUCUGGACGUGGCAGCUCUACAGAAGGAACUGGACAAGAGCCAGAGUGUGUUCUCUGGGAACCCAUCUGUGUGGCUGAAGGACCUGGCCAGCUAUCUGAACUACAAGCUCCAGGCACCUCCAAGUGAACCCACACUGAGCCAGCAUACUCACGAUUAUCCCUACAGCCUGGUGAGCCGGGAGCUGCGUGGGGUCAUCCGAGGACUGCUGGCAAAGGCGGCGGGGUCUCUCGAGUUCUUUUUUGACCACUGUCUGUUCACCAUGCUGCAAGAGCUGGACAAGACGCCAGGGGAGUCACUGCACGGUUACCGAAUCUGUAUCCAGGCCGUUCUGCAAGACAAGCCCAAGAUUGCCACCACGAACCUGGGCAAGUUCCUAGAACUGCUGAGGUCCCACCAGAACCGACCAUCGAAGUGCCUGACCAUCAUGUGGGCCCUGGGCCAAGCGGGCUUCGCCAGCCUCACCGAGGGGCUGAGAGUGUGGCUGGGGAUCAUGCUGCCUGUGCUGGGCAUCAAGUCCCUGUCCCCCUUCGCCAUCGCAUACCUGGAUCGGCUGCUUCUGAUGCACCCCAAUCUCACCAAGGGCUUUGGCAUGAUUGGCCCCAAGGACUUCUUCCCACUUCUGGACUUCGCCUAUAUGCCCAACAACUCCCUGACACCCAGCCUGCAGGAGCAGCUGUGUCAGCUCUACCCCCGACUGAAGGUGCUGGCAUUUGGGGCGAAGCCGGAAUCCACCCUGCACAUCUACUUCCCCUCCUUCCUGUCCAGAGCCACCCCUAACUGCCCUCCAGCAAUGAAGAAAGAGCUCCUGAGCAGCCUGACCGAAUGCCUGAAGGUGGACCCCCUCAGCGCCAGUGUCUGGAGGCAGCUGUACCCUAAGCAUCUGUCACAGUCCAGCUUGCUGCUGGAGCAUUUGCUCAGGUCCUGGGAGCAGAUCCCUAAGAAGGUAAGGAGCUGGAAGGACAUGGCAGGCAGAGCCUCGUCUGGGUUCUGGGCACAGAAGUCUCUGCAAGAAACCAUUCAAUCCUUCAGCCUCACCAACCAGGAGCUGCUGAGGAAAGGCAGCUGUAAUAACCAGGAUGUUGUCCCCUGUGACGCCGCUUGCAAGGCUCUGCUGCAGCAGGCUCAGGGCUUCCGGCGGCUGCCCUGGACGCGGCUGCUCCUGCUGGUGCUGAUCUUUGUCAUAGGUUUCCUGUGCCACGACUUCCGGUCCCACAGCUCUUUCCAGGCCUCCCUCUCUGGCCGGUUGCUUCAGUCGUCCGGUUUCUUGCCUGCUGGCCAACAAGUGUGUGCCAAGAUCUACGCCUACAGCCUGCAAGGCUACAGCUGGCUGGAGGCGACGUUGCCGGCCUGGGGCUCUCACCUGCUGACCACAGUGAGGCCCAGCUUGCAGCUGGCCUGGACCCACAUCAACGCCACAGUCAGCUUCCUUUCUGCCCACUGUGCCUGCUUCAGUGACGGCCUCGCCAGCCUCUCCCAGAGCCUCCCUGAUGUCCUGACCCAGCUGCUCCAUUCCCUGAGGGAGCUGCUCCUGCUUCUUUAUCACCACGUGCUGCUGCCACUGUGGCACAUGCUGCUGGAGGCCCUGGCCCAGGCCCAGCAGCGCUGCCACGAGGCCUGCAGAGGUGAGGUGACCUGGGACUGCGUGAAGACACAGCUCAGUGAGGCUGCCCGCUGGACCUGGCUCUGCCUACAGGACAUCACAGUGGCUUUCUUGGACUGGGCACUUGCCACGAUAUCCCAACAAUAGGCCCUCCCUCCUCGGCCACUGGGCUCUACCUGAGACGAGCCAUCUGAGACUGCUGGGGGCAGAGGGAGGCAGUUCUGUGUGGGGUCUUUUUCACUUGGUGCUUGGUUCUGUCUUCUAGCCAAGUGGCCAGGUGCCUCUGCACCAGUUCUUCCGUCUUUAGGGGUUCCCGAACCAGGGGGUAUCUUGGCCUCCAACCCCCGAUUCCAGCGAACCCUUCUCUGGCCUUUUGCACAUGCAUAGCUCCCAGCCUCUGCCCUCGGGCUGGCGGCCUCUCUGGCCUCGUCUCUCGUCUCCUGCCUGCCAUCUCCUUCCUGAAGCCCCAGACAGCUCCUCCCCGAAGGUGGGCUCCAGCAAGUGGCCUCCGCGUUGGUUCCCGAUGAAUUGUUUCUGCUCCCGUACUUUCACCACAGCAGGAAGAGGAAAGGGACUUCCAGAAGAAGGGCACAGCGGGGCACGGCAGCUCCGAGUCUGCAUGCAGUGUGGAUACAGGGGCCUGGGUGGAAAGCCCUCUCGCCUCGAAACGCCCAGCCCAGGCCCUACAAGGCCCUUACUGCCCUCACAUCGUCACCCGACUCCCUCACCAUCCCUGUCAGUGCUGGGGUCCUCUGCCUCCAGGUUCUUGUUCUCCCUACUGCCUACCUUACCACCUGUCUGGAGAGCAGAGCCCAGUUAGUCGUGUGCUUUGGGCCCCAGGAACCUUCCAGCAGCCUGUCGAGGCAGGAUUCAGCAUCUGGCUCCGGGAUGUGCCUGCUAGGUAGAAUAAAGGACACAGAUUUGCUUUCUAGCCGUCCUCUCUGAAUCCUCACACAGGAAUCCCCAUAGUUGUGGACAGAACAAAAUAUGCCCCCUGACCCCCUAGGCGUUGUAACCACUGGCAGUAACUGAGCUGGCCAGGAAAGCCCACACCCGUCGUUCUGAACUCGGCCCGGUGGGGUUCUAGACGCACUUCCGUCCCGUCCUGCUCCCCCAGCUGUACCGUCUCACAGCUGCGGUUCGUGUCCCAGUUGUGGUUGGCCUCGACAGCUGAUGUAUUUUAUGCUGGGAAAAGCAGGGAAGAGUCUCCUACGGGAAUUCUUGGCCAGCAAUUGGGGUGCCUUCUUCCUUGCCAGGACUUUAUUAAUUGGUUUAUUCUAUAAAGCAGUGAGUGAAAGAUUUAGAACUUAAGAGCUCGGGGUCAAGGGUUUAUCACGAAACUCGCUUCUAAUUUUUGACUUGAGACUGUAUGUCAACUGCACGGGUUUUCAGUUUCCAUCUCAUGUUUCCUGGAUGUUUCAAAAUAGAAGCAAUAGAGGUGCACUGCCCACUCAUUUUUGCUCCCUUUCCCUGUUGGGGUGUUAUUCCUUGGGAAGUCAAUGGCCUGCGUGGGCAGAAGCCUGCUGUCCCAGGGGCAGCCGUGGCCCUUUUUCACAGAAACUGGAGACCCGGCCUGGCAAAGAACAAGGGCAAGACUGUCCAAGGGUCCCAGGACAUGUGCCAUUUCCUCACUCCUUCCUCCCCAGUCGGAAAAAAGUGGGGUCUUAGGAGCUAAGAUGGGCCAGGCCUGGUUAGUACUUAGAUGGGAGAAACAAAUGGGGUUGAUUCUUAGUAGUGAAGCUUUGGAACUGGCCUAGAUUCAAGGCAAGUAGAAAAGGGGGCUGGUGUGGUGAUCCUGGGUUGGCAACAGGGAAAGAAAGUGAUGACACUAUCCGACAAUGACAUGGAGUCCAGCCAAGGUUGCUGGGCAGAGUUCUCUCAAUCCAGCAUUUCAGAGAACGCCACUUAGAAGUGUUUCAUUGGGUUUAAUGUGUGUACUGUCCCUUGGGUUCAUUUCAUUUCUGGCAUGUGAUCCUGGGGUGCAACAUUUCCUUUCAACUUAGGUUAACUGAGGUCCCCACGGCCUCUCACAAGGACACCGGACACCUGAAUCGGCUUUGUUUAAUAGAUGCGGUUGGUUGACCCAAUAUUGGGAUUGCCCAGAAUUUUUCCUCUGCCAGAGGAGGCGGCAUCCAAAGUUGCACCUGCUGGCCGUGAAGGCUGUACCAGACAUCCAGAUGUUUCAUUUUUGCAGAACUCAACAAACAGGAAUCCAAACCGAGCCAGCACGUUGAACUAGUGUGGGCUAGUGGAACACACUCGGGUGCUGACAGACAGACGACGACUGUUGGUGUUCCGGGAAGAACAGAAGUACACUGACACUUCAGAGAGUCACAUCUGGACAUUGUAACUUGACUUUUCACACACAGCUGGAGUUCUACAGAUAACGUGGCAUAAAACAGGGGCAGUUUAAAUACAGUUAUCUCUUACUAACUUUAGUUACUACAAAUUGCGUGGACCUGCAAACUGUAUAACAACUCAUUCGAAACACUUCUUUCUGUUUUUCUAAGUCUUAAAAUACGUUUCCAGAUUCCUCUGGUUAUUUGUACUCAGUCUACGGCGUCAGCUGUAGAGCAGGCCAGCUUGAUGGGCCAGCCGCCCUUACUAUAGAUAGAGAGCCUGGCCAGGCAGAUAAUGUUGCUGGUCUCACACCUGUAGCAUUGCUAGUCCAUUCUCAAAUGCCACCGCCCUUGGGGUGGAGUGUUUCACACAGAGAGGGAUGUGCCUCCCCUGCCCCACCCCAAAAUAACCCAGUUGUCAAUGACAGAAAUGACAGUGGUUAGAUGACCUCAGCAUUUUAAUGUCUCAUUUCUCCUAAAGGAGUUUGAGUUUAAGUGAACACAAAAUGAUCCAUCCUUUUUGUGCGCACCAUCCAUGGUUUUGCUCCCAAAAGGGCUUGAGGAGACAAAGGACUUUGCUUUCCUUUUUUUUCUUUCUUUUAAAACCAAGUAUUUUCAUUGCCCCAGACUUGAGGUGUAAGAAGAAAUUUGGAGGUGGAGGGGAGUUUCUAUGGUUCAGGGUGUGAGUGAUUAUUUAUGGAAUAUUGAAUAUUCUGCCUAUGAAUUAAAAAAUUGAAUUCAGGCAUAUUUUGGGGUGUGCUUUGGUAUAAUUUUUUUUACUGUGUUAGCAUGCCAGUUAUCAAGUCUUUAGUGGACUUUAUUUUUUAGAGCAGAUUUAAAUUCACAUCCAAGGUGAGCAAAAAGCACAUGGCCCCUGCCCUCGCUCUUGUUCAGCCUCUCCCACACGCUGACGCCUCAUUGUCUUCUGAAGUUCACAGUUCACACUGAUCAUACUUCAUAUUAUUUCAGUCUGUUUGAGUUUAUUGAAACCUGUUGCCUAAUGUGAGCUGUCCUGGAGAACGUUCCUGGUCUGUUUGGGGAGAAUGUGUGUCCUGCUGCUGUCGGGUAGGAUGUUCUAUGUAUGUUUGUUAGGUCAAGUUGCUGUGUUGAUCAAGGACUUAUGAGCUUAUCAUAAACACAACUUUAAUGUUAAAGGACUCUUACAAAUCAAUAAGAAAAGUGAUGAAAACAAUAA